AUGGUUCAGCCUGGUUUGUGGUGCGUGGGAGCUCGACGGAGUGUCCUUGUUGUGCUUUUCUGCAGCAUACUUGUUCCCUCACCAUCACAUGCCUACAUCUAUGCUGUAAGGAAUCACGGAUAUUUAACAGAUCAACUGAGCAGCAAAUAAAAAACGUGGUUACCGUAACAUUUCAUUUGGAUUGUGUCUGUUUUUUUUAUAUCAUUUUGUUUCUUGUUUUCGACAGCAUUAUAGCAAUAUGACAUCUAUGUUGUUUGAGGACCUGCCUGCCUUGUUUGGACCCCGACUUCCUAAGGAUGGACUAAUGGUAAGGGUAGAGUACUCUACUCUGUGCAUAAAACACUUUUGGUCAGGGGUCUUUUAAAAUAACCGUGUUUCUCUUUCUCUUUAUGUUAAAGGGGGUGUUGGUGGUGUCCAAUCCACUCAAUGGCUGUGCAAUAAUAGACCCUCCCCCUGCACUGCCGCCGUCUCAUGAUCCCAACAUGACCAAAUUCAUCGUCCUCAUCAGGCGCUUUGAAUGCAAUUUUGAUAUAAAAGUCAGUGACAUUUUGUGAGAUUGCCAUGUUUAGUGUCUUUGAGGUAAACUGCUCUAAUAUGAGACUCUUGUUUUGCAGGUUUUGCAUGCUCAGCAGGCUGGGUACAGUGCUGCAAUAAUCCACAAUGUGUAUUCAGACACUCUGCUUAAUAUGAACUACAGCAAUGGUAAUUCAGCUUUAUGCAAUUGGCACACUGCUUUAAACUUCAUGUAUUUGCACUGUUUUUGUAAUCUUUUUUUCUUUUUAUUCCAGAAACUAUUGCAGAUGAGAUUGAGAUCCCGUCUGUGUUUACCAGCUACUAUGCGUCCCAGAUUCUCAGGAAUUUCAUAAUUCCAGAGCAAGGGUAACUAAAAACAUUUCACACAAUGAAGUGACAGAACUUUAACAAAUGGUCUGCCAAACCAAACUCUUGACUUUUGUAGAUCACAGUGUAUUCUGAAGUGCAGAUGCCUCUAAUAAUGUUUGUAUCUUAUGUUUGUUUUUUUCACCUAUAGAGCAUAUGUGAUCCUCAAGCCAGAGUUUGCUUUUCCACUCUCAUACUACUUGAUCCCUUUCACUGGCGUCAUCGGCAUGAUCAUUCUUGUGAUGUGUGUUGUCUUGGUAGGUUCCAAAUAUGUUAAAUAAAAAUUAUUAUUAUUAUUAUUAUUUUUUUAAAGCUUUGGCAGGAUUAGAGUGAAUGUAAGCUAGACUUUAAAAAGAAGCCAACUGGAGGAAAGCCAAAGCCCUUGAACGUGCUCUGCCUCACCAAAGGUGCAGGUCUUGUCCAAAAGAGAGUGUUAGGGAGAGUCUAGUGGUCUCUUUGCCAUUCCUAGAAAUUAAGUGGAAAUUAGUGGCUACAUGGAAAGAUUAAAGUUAAAGGAACUACUCACAUUUUCUUCAGUAUUGUGCUUCUCACAUUGACCUUUUGGACGGCUGCUCAGAAGGAGUGUAGAGUUUAUAUGGCCUUUUCCCUGCUAAGAGUGUCCGAGUCCUCUAUAAAAACAAGUCUAAAGGGUAACAUACUGAGUGUUUUUUUCUUUUUCUUGCCUGUAGUAACUUUUUCUUAUUGUUCUGUUCAGAUUAUACGAUGUGUGCAGUACAGGAAACGGCUGAGAAAGAAUCGUCUGUCCAAAGAACAACUAAGGCGUAUCCCAACUCACAGGUUCCGUAAAGGUAACAAGAUAUUAUUCCUGUUACCCCAACAAAGGAGUCAUAUUAAGGAUCCUUCUUAGUCGAUCAGUAUUGGCUUUUACUUCCUUAAACCUUACUGUCUUGUUUGUGAAGCAUUGAACUGAAUUAAAAGUCAAGUCUUACUUCACUUUGAAUGAAUCAUCAUGUUCUCCCCUGCUACAGGAGAUGACUAUGAUGUUUGUGCAAUCUGUCUGGAUGAGUAUGAGGAAGGAGACAAGCUGCGAGUUUUACCUUGUUCUCAUGGUAAAUUUGACAACUUCUUUUCAUGUCAUAAUGAAUUCUGAAUUCUCUAUAUGUUGGCAAAGUACCUCCACUGAACUGAACUAUCCACUUUAUUUAACCAUGGAGAGUUUGAAUGAAUCCUUUUCUUGCUGUUCAUUUUUUGUUCAUGUUCCUUUUUUAAACUUUAGAAAUCUGAUACUAAGCUAAAAGUGAUAAAAGCAGUUCUCAAAUUGUCCAAUGUUGUAAUUUUUUUGCUAUAUUUUCCAAUAGAAAAGAAAAAAUCACAAAAAAAUACACACAUUUGUGUCACAUGAAAAACCCAGAAAUCUCUUGCUGCUUUUGAAUAGUGGUGUCUAAUUGGUUGCAAACAGGGCUGCGCUUUGACAAAAUCUUGUGAUUGGAUAUAUGUCAAAAUUAAAUAAUGAAUAUUUAGGUCAUUUUGUGAUGUUGUAUUGCUAACACAUAGAUAAUUGCUCAUAGAGCUGUUUAUGUUUUUGCAUCAAAAAACACACAAUCUCUUUACUUCAUCCUCCUGUCAGAGUAAUGCAUAGUCUCUGUUUUCUCCUCCUGUUUUACAGCCUACCACUGCAAAUGUGUGGACCCGUGGCUCACUCAGACCAAGAAGACCUGUCCAGUGUGCAAACAACGUGUCACUCGGAACAAAACGGAACAAUCCGAGUCCGAUUCUGAGGAGGAGAGCGGAGGACGUGGGGAGGAAGAAGGAACGGAGGGAGAAGGAGACUCUGAGCGCACUCCUCUGCUUCGCCCCUCCAACCCUGGGUCGCCUUCAGGGAGCCCAGCGGCCUAUGCAGCUACUACCACCACCACUACUGCCCAGUGCCUCACCUCGCCCGUACGCUGCGACUCCCCACUCCUGGAUUAUGAGGGCUACCACUCCCCGCUGGAGGACACAGACUCAGACAGCGACAGCGCUGGAGAGGACAGGCACCACACUGACGACGACACUGCACAGCUGAUCGGUAGGGAUAGAGUGGAGGUCUGAUAGCUGGAAUCUUAGCUGCAAUGAGAUUACGCAGAAUAACCUGAAAAAGGGCGUUCAUGUCUCGCUUAUCACACAACACUUUCGUGGUCGGCCAGACAUUUAACGUAACUGGACCUUUUCCCAAGUAACCCGAGGAGGUCUUCUUGAUAGUGUCAAAGCACAUGCAGCACUUGAUACAUUUUACUAAAAACAAACGAUUGAGCAUCAACCCAAGUUUUUACACACAUUCACUCCUGUACGAGCUCCUUUUUAAUGCAUGUUUUAAUUCUUAACUCGACCAUGAUAUCCGACCUAACCACUAGUGCUGCACAGAAAGAAUGGGCCACUCAAACUUUUUGGUAAUGUGCUGUAUGAAUAAGAAAAUUACUGUAGAUGCUAAAAUGAAUGAAUUAUGUGCUUAAAGCACAACUGUAGGUUCUCUGCGAAAGGUUUGAGUGUGGGUCUUUGCACACUGAGUCCAUGUUUUCCCUUCUUCAAAAAAUGUCUCGCACAGAACCUUGCACGCUGAGUCUGAUGCUUCAAUUUGUCCGUUCAUUGCAAAGAUUCCCUGUACAAAAAAAAUUUGGGUCAUCAAGAAGUGAGCGUUUAAUACAGAACGUUGCAUUCAUGCACCUUAAAAAACAAGAUUAGAGCAAGGAGAGUUUCUCUUGCUGAUGAAGGAGCGGUGGGAUCAUCCCGAUCGUGAGUGCUUUAAGCAAUACUGGAAAUACAUGUUAGAGGAGAUCCCCACAAAGCAAUUGAUUCCUGAACAACAGCCAGGAGUAUCUUUGUGGUAGGGUGACACAUACACACACACAAUAUAGUUAAAAUGUGCCAUAGAGAAAGUGUGCAUGGACACCCGGGUCCACACAAUAUUUAGACAAGAUCAUUGUCCAAGAUCCAUGGCGUGCUGGGGAGCACCUUCGACACAGAAAAUCUGUUCAGAGAAAAAAAGAAAAAACCAACAGUAGCAGAUGAACGCUCCAGAGUCAGUGUGCCAAUAUGAUUGACACAACAUAAGAUUGUAUUUCUGUUUAAACACGCAGCAACUCUGAGAUGACAAAAACAAGACUCGGUGUGCAAAGGCCUUUACGCUUUGAAGACUGGCUCUUGUCUUAAUCACUUUUCGUUUUUAUCUGACAGGUUCCUGAAAAAUAGCUGAAAGUAGAGGGUAAUGUCUGUCCUUUUUUAUCCCCACAUCUCACAGUUUUCAAGCUAUGUUUCAGCUCCUUGAAUGGUCAUACUAACUCUACUACACUGUAACAGAACACUGCAAAGACGUCACACUUUUACAUUUUUUUAUUGAUAAUUCUAUGUGGUCAGUUUCAAGGAAAAUACUUUUUAGCUUUAUCCAGUUUGUCAAAAUGAACAAACUCAGGUUUAUAGCAGCAAAGUAAAGGUCAGUGGGUGUUGUAAAUGAAUAACAGAGAGAGUUAAAGAGUUAAUGGGUUGGGUCUCAGAAAUUUUAUUUUUAGCUUUUUGUUUCAUUGAAUCGGUUAAAUCUAGAUUCAUCAACAUGAGUAUGGUACCCUGGAGGGUAUUUUUGUUUUUAGCAAAGAAGAGCAUUAUUGCCUUACAUUGGCCUUGGUGUACAUGCAUAUGUUAAAUUAAUGUUUGGAAACUGAAGGGACAGGAUUAACACUCCUCUGUUUUCCUCUUGUCUAGCUGUAUUUAAUACUGCUUUCAGCUUGUUUCCCUGUCUGAAAUUUUGAUCGACUUUUGAAUUUUAAAACUACCAAAAGAUGUUUCCAUGUGUCUAGUACUCAGAAUCAGACAGCUUAGACUCUUAGGUUUACUUUAAGAAAUCUGGAUGAGCUCAUUGACUGUCACACCACAUACAGCUUGAUUCUGUAUUGUCCCCUGAGUCCAAAACGGUGAUUUAUACAGAGAGCCGGACAAAAAGAAACCAUGAAAAGUUUUAUUCAACCAAACUGUUUCACUUCUUCUAUGAUGUUUCACAGUGUUUACUUUGGUCUCAGAUCAGAAAUUCACAACUGGAUUUUAAAAAAAAACUGUAACAAUUUUACUGGGUGUGGACUUUUUCUUUGAAAUUAGCAUCAUAUAUGAUAAAACUGGAGUGCUGAAAAUGUUUUAAGAAUCGCUUUAUCAAUUGAUAUUACAAAUGCUUAAAUUUUAUGGCCCUACCCUUAUGGUUACCUCAUUAAAAGCAAGAGGGGGCAAAAACUCAUCCCCAGAAAAUUCACCAUCAUCAAUAACAGCAGAGUAAAUAUUUAAAACAGUGCACACAUCCAUAUUCUCCAUGUGAGGAUUUUUCACUAAGUUACAUUUUGAAGUUUCAGAAAUCGUAACAUUCCAUCUUUAUACUUUACUGACUAUCAAUUGAUAAAACUCAACACUAUAAAGUUUUAAUUGGGACUUGUUGGCAAUAGUCUUUUUUUGUAUAAUAGAACUGCUGCUUCCCUGGUUACAAUAAACUGCAAAUGUCUUUUGUACUGUACCAUUUCUGUUUCACUCUAUUCGUCUCGGUAUCGGAGACUGUUACCUGAAACAAUGGAAAACUAUUCCACCCAUAUGAUUUAUUUCUCCUUCUUUUAGAAUGUGCCUAGUUUAUUACAUUGAAAUAACAAGUGUACAGUGUCAAGUAUGAUUUUCAUGUAUAAAGCAGGUUUGAGAAUCCUUAAGAUGUCUAAACAGUCUGUGGAUAAAAGCUGCAUUUAAUGUGUGAUUUGUGGAAGAUUAAACUGAUCUUGAAAAGAAAAUUUUGUGCUUUUUUGAGAUUUCUUAAAAAAAAAAAAGCAAAUUGAUUUUACACUGAUUUAAUAAAAAAAAAAAACACUCCACUUGGACAUGUUUUUGUGAGUAAGCAAAUAUUAGCAGUCAUACAUAAGCUUAUCAACCAGUAUUAGACAAAAAGAAUGCAACAUUAUUACUUGUGGAUGUAGUACACAUAAAACUGUGAAAUAUAUACAUUUUGUUGCGUAUACCUAAACAAGCUUAAUUUGUUAAUUUGUCAAUCAUCAGUGUGGGUCAUUAAAAAAUGCCUCGGUAAUUAAUUCCAAGUCUAUAAUCCUAUUUGCAUGAGCUUAGCAACCACUUGUCCUGCAAAGCAGAGACACCCUGCAGAGUGGUGCAUUCAAGUUCUCUUACUCUCACUGAUGAAUACUUCAGUAUAAAAAACCUUGUUCUGAAUCUUGGCAGUCGAUAUGAUAAUCCUUUUUCAUAUUGUGCUAUUGUUUUAAAUUAGACUAUGUGAAGUCACUGCUGUAAAUACAUCUUAUACACAUAUAGGUAAUAUGCUAAGAAAAACGCAGAUUUAUAAUAGGAAAGUUUUAGCUUUUUUUCCCUGAUUUUUCUUUUUUUUUUUCUUUAAUAAUCAGAGUAAUUUUAAUCUAUUGACAAAAAAAUCUUAUAGUUCUGGUACAUCAGAGUUUCCAUAGUUGUGGGGCACACUGAGUUAAUUGCAAUGGUGCAUGGGUGAUUCAUUAAGAUUCCUGAAUGUAAUGAGUUAUUUCCGUCUUAAUCCCUUCAUUUCUUUGCACUUUCAUUAUUUCAUGUGUAUGUAAUAACAUCACCCGCUGCUUGGAAGGAAGCACAAUUCCUUUUUCAGGUGAAUGAACCUUCUAGCCCGGACGAAGCUUUGUGUAGGUGAGCCAUUAGCUCGCCUAGGCCCUUUGAAUUUAUUCAAUACAAACUGAAGAACAGUCACAAGAAGGGAAAAGCCAUGAGAUGUUAAAGAUGUGUGAUGACAUCACAUACAUAAAUCCGUAAAGCAGAAGGUUGUCGUCAGGAAGCUCAUUUGGCUUUUGGUGUGCUGUGUUCAGAAACUCACACUUUCUCUGGAUUUUGAUCAUUCCUCUUGAGAGAUGUCCGGAUCACUGCAGAAGCACUCCUCUGUGCUGAGGUCAUUUUUCUUGCUUUUCUUUGUUGUUCCUUUAUUUGGUCGGCUUCAUACAAGUGCAACUCCUCAAGACUACGAGAAGGUGAGAUUCAGAUUGUAAACUAUAGAUAUUGAUGUAAGUUCUCAAUAUCAUUAACAGUUAAUCUCCUUUUGUCAGGAGUUUGAAAUGGUUUGUUUAAUGGUUUAAUGGUUUGUUUCUCAUUAAACUGAACAUAAAAUCUUAUAUCUGUACAGUGUACUAACCUAUUUAUAAUUUUGCUUUUGAUUAACAAAUCAUUCAGAGCCAUUUAACACUCAAUUCACUGAGUUCAGUGCGUUCCUCUCAGUUCUUUAAUUUCCUUUUACAUCUGUUGACCCUAAUAAAGUAAUCAAAUGGGAAAAAGUAUUUACACACCUCAAAUUGCACUAAUCUUAACUCUGUUUUCCCCUCUUUAAAGGAUUGCCAUUUGAUACAUUGAAAGGUAACCUUGACAAAAGUAUCAACAGCUGUUCUCGUAUUCACAGGGAUUUUUGGACAGGUCCUUUCCAGGGCACCUCAUCCCAGCAGGAGACUUUGCAUUUGAAUCCAUGGCCGAUCAAACCUUCCCACAAGAGCUGGAAUCUGCAUUUAUCCUGGAGGAUGAAUCGCAGACCACUCAAGUGUGGCCGCGCGUCAUGCUGGACUAUAUGAGGCAGCAGUUAAGAUUUAGAGGAAGGACAAAGAAAAGCACAAAAAAGAACCGAUUCAACUAUUUACUGAAUAACUGAGAUGAACCACUGUAGUGUAAAAGUUUCAUCCAUUAAAUUAUUUUGGAUUAGCAAACCCUGAUGAUGAGUGAUUUUUAUUUUUCUCUGUCUGCUUUCCAAAAUGCAGUUUGAAAAUGUGACUGUGCUCUACACAUGAUCAACAGAGGCUUUAAAUAACCUGGAUAACAACAAAACAUCUGUUUUGUAUAAAACAUUUAAAAAAAUCAAAACCUGCUAUGAAUUUCCUAAAGAAAAAUAAAGUCAAACUUUUUGAGACUACAUUUUCAUAAGAGGGUAAUGUGAACACAGCGAGGUGUAUGUUUGUGUUCUUACAGCUAGAAAUCUGAGUGAUCAAUACAUCCGACAAGAUAAACCCAAUAACUGUGUGAACAUGUUCAGCAAGGUGUAUGUUUGCGUUCUUAAAGCUAGAAAGCUGAGUGAUCAAUACAGCCGACAAGAUAAACCCAAUAACUGUGUGAACAUGUUUGUUCUUUGGCUUUUAUCUUAACCCAAGUGAAAGGAUUUUUAUCUCCAAAGCUGUAUAAUUUUUUGUGUCCAUAUUGGUGCUAAAGAGAUUCAAUGUUGAUAGGAUUGUGGUGUACGAAGAGGUAGGGACAAAUGGCUGACAUGAGCGUCUCUUAGUCAUCUAAUCUCGUUGUAAUUUAAAGAAUAAUCCCCUGAUUCUUUCUGUCUAUGACUUCAUCUCUAGUGACUCUUCAGUUCAGCUGUCACAUUUACAGUUUGUCAAAUAAAAAAGGAGAAUAGACGGACAGCUGUAACCAUGCAAGAAAGCGACAGAAUUUAGCCCCAUCACUUACAAUUAAGUUUAUUUGUGUAGGGCAAAUACGUUCUCUACCUAUCUGUGAGCAAAACAUGCCUUUUAGUCUUCACAGUUGCUGCUGAGUGAGUCCUAUAUAAUCAGAUUUUGACCAAUCUCAAACAAAAUCAUCCUCAAUAAAAUACUGCAAAACUGUUUAUCUGUUUAAAUCUCAAGCACAUGUCAUGUUCAGCUCCACAAGGGACAGUGCUGGCACCAUUCCUGUUCACAAACCCCCUCUUCAGCCAGUGAACACCUGUGGAGUGGACAUCAAAGUGGUGACAUCAUAUAAAUAUCUAGGUGUACAUCUGGAUAAUAAGUUGGACUGGCCUAAGAAUAUAGACUUCAUCUACAGAAAAGGGUAGAGCUGCCUCUUUUGCCUGAGAAGACUCCAAUCAAUAGACAUCUGUAGUAAGACGCUGCAGAUGUUUUAUCAGUCUGUGGUGUCUACAGUGUUCUGAUACAGUGUUCUGCUGCAGUCUGCUGGGGAUGAAGCAUCAAACACAAAGAUGCAAGAUGUCUUAACAAACUGGUGAAAAAGGCUGGCUCUGUGUUGGGACUCAAGCUGGACUUAGUGGAGGAUGUGGUGGAGAGAUCUACACUGAGGAAGGUGGAGACUUUUCUAAAGAACAUGGAUCACCCACUUCACAACACCUUGAUGGACCAAAGGGCCAAUGGUGGUGGACGGCUCCUCACUCUUCACUGCAGGACAGAAUGAUUCAGAAGAUCUUAAGUACCAACAGCCAGCAGACUUUAUAACUCUUAUGUAAAUAGUAGAUAACUUUUAGAGACAUAUUAUGUGAGACAACAGACAAUUGAAUUUACCUUCGGGGAUUAAUAAAGUUCUACUUAUUUUAUCUUAUCUUAUCUUAUGUUCAACAUUGACCACUUGGUGGCAGCAGCUCGUCAUUGUGUCGUUUGUCCUGCUCAGUUUUGAAACCUCGGGAAGAAGAGCAGCAGCAGCAUCAGCAGCAGCAGCAGGCGGAGGACUGCACGUAAACAAAGCUUAAACAUCUAAGGUACAAAUUAGCACUUUGAUAUUGUAGUGAAACUGUCAAAAUGAUUAAGAAAAAUUAGACUGAUGUUAAAUUGAGAACGAGUGGUCUCUUGGAAGAAAUAAUGAAGCGUUUCGUUUAAAGUUAGCCUUAGCAUUUUAGCUUAACAAGUUAGCUCCAUAGCUGCCCCGCUAAUGUAGCUGCAACACACCACAGAGACGCGAGUGGAUAAAGAUAUGGUUUUCAUUGUUUAAAUAUUUUAAAUAUGGCAUUUUGGUUGCCUUUAUAUUGCUGGUUUAAUAACAUACCUGGCAGACUGCUCCUAGUGUACAAUAAAACCACUCGCUAUGUUAGCAGGCCAUUAUUAGCUACUGGGCCUCUGUUAGCUUAUUUAUCUUAGGUGAGGCUUCUAACUUUAUCUGGCAGAGCAGGCGGGGGUGUAAAAUACUGCUAACACAUUAUUAUGCGGGUGCAUCACUGAAAGCAACAUUAUUCAAUAGUACAGUUCAAAACCAGGUCAUUGCAAAUCCUUUCCCACCAUGUUGUGUGACUGAAACCUGCCUCUCUCUCUCUUUGAUGCAGAUGGGUGACAGUGAUGAUGAAUAUGAUCGCAGGAGAAGAGACAAAUUCAGACGAGAGAGAAGUGACUAUGACCGAUCAAGAGAGAGGGAGGACAGGCGCAGGGAUGACUGGAACGACAGGUAAGAGAAAAAGACACCUUAUCUCCCACCAAAAACCCUUAACCUUCCUCCUGUGUUCGCUUUUUGUACGCAGCCACCAUGUUAAGGGUCUGUUUUGAUCCAUGUCUUAAAUCAGCUAUAAAUUACACUAAAACAAUUCUCCAUCAUCCAAUUUGGUUCUCAUCUCUAGGUUACCUUGUUAGGCUUCAUUAUACAUGAAAAUAUUGCUUUUAAUAGUUUUUGUAGUGGGCCUCUGGGCCUUUCUUUAUCAGUAUAUCCCUCACACAGACAUCUAUACUGAAUUGAUCUCACAUGUCUGGACAUGCCUGAGGCUGUUGUUUGUGCAGGGAAGAACAUGGAAAAAUGAGAAUUUCCUAAAUUUCACAUGAUUGGAAGAGGAUCUGACUGUCAGUGUGGUUCCUGGCAGUGCACUUAGAUAUUGAUCUAACCAGGUCAAACAGCGACCCUAACACAACAAGUGACAUCAUUUUAAUAAGAACAUUUUGUAAUUUAGUCAGUUUAAUUUUUUUAGUUUGUUGCAAUAGAGGCUCCUGACAAAGUCAAAAGUUUUGAUGCACAAAAACCUAUUUUUGUGGUUCUUUUAAGCAUUUCAAAUCAAACACUGGUCAGUGCAGACCCUAACAUGGGAGGAGGAAUUGCAACCAAUCGGUAUCUCCCAAUUACUGAGUGAAGAGAUUUAAACAAUAAGGCAAUAUUUUCCAUUUCUUGACUCCUGUUUUCUGUCAUUUUCAGGGAGUGGGACCGGGGUAGAGAACGGCGUAGCCGUGGAGAGUACCGGGAUUACGACAGAGGUCGCAGAGAGAGAUUCACUCCACCCAGGCAUGACAUGAGUCCGCAGCAGAAACGCAUGAGAAGAGACUGGUGAGAUGAUCAGAUCAGUGGCUCUAAAAGAUAGUUUGUGCAGCUUGUGUAUGCUGUUGUGUAUGCUGUUGUGUAAGCUUUAUUGUAUGUUCUUGGCAGGGAUGACCACGGUGGAGACCCAUACCGCGGGGGAUAUGAUUUGGGUUAUGGGGGUGGAGGAGGGCCCAGUUAUGGUCCCCCACAGCACUGGGGCCAUCCUGACAUGCACCUCAUGCAGCCUCAUCAUGGUAUUCCCAUUCAGGCAAGGUGAGAGGUGAAAUCAGAGUUCAGUGGGCAAGAUUUACGAAUUUAAAACAUAUUUGUAAAUGAUUCAAUGACAGCUUUUGUGUUUCUAAAAGACACACAGUAAGUAAAACCACUAAGCUAAAAUCUGAGAAAAUACUCAGCACAGUUAAUAAAUGUUUUGUUACUUGUCCACCAGGCUGGGAAACAUCCACGACAUGGAUCUAGGUCCUCCUCCUCCCAUAAUGAAGAACUUUAAAGAGUUCUUGCUGUCUCUGGAUGAUUCUGUGGAUGAGACUGAGGCGGUCAAACGCUACAAUGAGUACAAGAUUGACUUCCGUCGACAGCAGAUGCAGGACUUCUUUUUGGCUCAUAAAGAUGAGGAGUGGUACGAACUCAGUUGCUUUUACUACAGACAGAAGAUUCAUGAAUAUUUGUUCUGUGUGAUGUAGUUUCUCUGAAGAAUUUCUUUUCACUUAACAAAAAUUCAAUCUAUUGACUGUCAUCUGCAGAUUAGUACAGUUCCUCCCCUUUGGCUUAAAUGCAAUUAUCAUAAUUUCUUUAGCUAUGCUUAUUUUAUUCCUAAAUACCAAUCUGACAGUUUGUGGUGAGUGUUAGUUUUACUUAUCCCGUCCAAAAAAAGGAAGCAGACAUUCCCCUGUAACCUCAGCUAAAUCAUAUACUAGCUACUUUGAGGCCUUUUUACUAAGUUUUAGAUGACCAUAGGGCAGUUGCUCACAUAAACUAAGACCAGGCCUACUCUCAUGAUUUUCUCAUUACUUUUUCUUUGUAUUUAUAUUUUAUAUAGAAGAAAAUCAACCCAAAUUACAAGCACCCUCUGCUGCAUAUUUCAACCAUGAAAGACAGAAGGUUCAUGAAAUCUCCUGACAGAGCCUGCAAAAAACUGCAGCAUUUUUUUCCUCUGUCAAGUAGAUCAGCAAAGUUAGUUAUUUUCUCAAUUUUCUAGAGACUUUUGUAAAAAAAAAAAAAAAAUCUCGUUGUUUGGGUUGAUUUUCUGUCUCUCGUUUGUCAUUUUACCCUUUCCAAAAUGCAAAGUUGUUUCAUGCCUUUUAACGCUUACUGCACUUAUUCCACAGGUAUCAUGCAAUGUUGUUUUGCUUGAUAUAACCAAUUUCCCUCCCCCCUUCAUUCCCACUACUUCAAGGAGAAAAAAAGUGGAGCGCAUCGGCAAGAAUCGGUCUUAGACAGCAAGGGCAUGCACUGCGCACAAUGCAGUUGCUCUUAGACACACAGUACCAGGGAUUUUAGUUAGACAGCCAAGUAAACUUCCGCUCGUGGAGAUUUUUUUUCUUGUUUUCUCCUUUUUCUUCGCUAUUUUCUUUUUAUUUGGAUCAAAUCGAAUCCCAAAACCGAAUUUGUGUGUGUACAGACACCAUUGGGGUGAAGUGGAGCGCAUUUUCACAGAGGAGACCCCCUCUCUGUAUUUAUUUGUAAAUAAACUGGCAGAACGAAAGGUAACUGUAGUUCACUCAAUGAUCAACAUUUUUGAUGUGAAAUUUGAAUAUGUGAAUGUUUAAUUUCAUAAUCUCUGUUGUGUUUUUCUCUUUAAUUUUUGGUGAGUUAAUCUCUCACGCUACCAUAAUGUGCAACAGUUAACCAAAAUGAUCCCAAAGUUGAACAUCAUAUUCACUGAGAGGCCAAACACAAACACUAAAAUCAUGAUAUAAACAAUCACAAAAAUCUCUUCAGCUACUUUGUUUUUAAUGACAUAAUUUUUAAAGUUUCCCAGACUUACUUUGAAGGCACAAUUAUUAAGUGUAUAAAGAACUUUGAUAUUCAAAUAAAUCAUAUUUCUCAGUGCCAUUGUGACACCACUGUUGCAUUACAGACAUAAAAUAUGAACUUGUUGCUUAACUCUGUUGUCCCAUUGAUGCUAACUCUCUAUUCCCCCCCCACUUGUUUGUGGACCCUGCUCUGGACACAGGUUCAGGUCCAAGUAUCAUCCCGAUGAGGCCAGCAGACUGAAGGCAGAGGGCCAGAGCGCCCUGCGCAACCGUCUCAAUGUCUUCAUGUUCCUGAUGGAGAACAGCUGGUUUGAUAAUGUCUCCCUGGACAUUGAUCAGACCCCUGCCAUCAUCAAGGUUCUGGAUGCAGGUAAAAUGACUUGGAGAGGGUUUUUUUUUUUCUUUUCUUUUUUUUGUUCUGAAAAUAUAAAGAGUGGCCUAGGCACACCCUACACAUGCAGGUGGCCCCUUUCCUGCCCGUCACUCUCUGCUCUGUUACCUAUUUCCUGCCUCAUUCUCUGGCAAUAAAGGCUGAGAAAUAGUUCUCAAAAAUUAUAUAUAAUAAUCAAUCAUAAUAAUAAUGAUGAUUUUAUUUUUAUAGCACUCUUAAAAACAGUGCUUUGACAAAUAGUCUUAAAGCACAUGGAAAAAGACAAAAAAACAAAGUUCAGUUAAAAUGAAAUUGAAGGCCAUUUUCAUGUCAUAAGGAACUCAGACAAUACAAGAACAAUGCAACAGAAAAUGGGACCAUGAGCACCAAAAUAAAAACACAAAAUAGGUAAGGAAAAGAAAAUGCAAUUUAAAGGGGGGUUGAGAGCGGAAAACAGAAUAGUAAAACUAAAUGACAAUAUCAAUAAUGGUAUUAAAGAUGUACUGAUAAUAAUAGUAAUGAUAAAAUAGAGCAACAGAAAUGAGCAAGAGAUAAAAUUAAAAACCUAAAAGGUUAAUUAUGAAAAGAGUAAAAGCUAAAAGAAACAGUAAAGCCAGAAGAAGAAAGAAGUAACAGAUGAAAGACAAAAGACAUAUAUGUAAUUGGUAAUUCUAAUUGGUACCCAAAGAAAAAGAAAAACUUGUUGAAUGUUCUCCUAUAUUUUGUCUUGAUCGCCCUUAGCUGUGAUUAAGAUGGAGGGAGGCACAGAUCAUGAUCUUCGCAUCUUGGACCUGCCAUCUGAAGAGGAGGAGGAGAGGGAGAAAUUGGCAUCCGUCUCAGGGGGCGCUGAACCUCAGAAGAGAGAAGACGUCAAAACCCAGGACACGGAUCGCAAACCUUCAGUGGAGAAAGACAAGAAUGAGAAAGUAUGUCUUGUCUCUGAUGAGAAUGAAAGAUUUCCUUGUGCCCUGUAAUGAUGGUCAACUGUUCCACAGGAGGAAGGUGACUUGGCCAGCACAGAGAAAGCUUCUGCAGCAGUAGCAGGAGAAGAUGUGAAAGAGGAGGCAGAGAAAGAAACGACCAAAGACGCAAUGCCUGAACCUAAGAAAGUGAGCAGUGCCUUUGCAAGUGGAAUUAUUUACAAACGAGAGACGGAAACAAAUGAAAGAGCUCUAAUUGUUGUUUUUAAUUCAUCAGGCCAGGAGAAAGAGGAAGCGCAGUGGAGACAGCGACGAUGAAGUCAGUGCCUCGGAGAGCGACUCUGACUCAGAGUCAGACUCCAAUUCUAACUGCUCUGAUAAACCUGUGAAAAAAGAAGAGACGGAGGACAAGGAUGAGGAAGAGGAAGAAGAGGGUGAAGGUGAGGAAUCAAAUCUGUAAUGUGUGUGAAAAUUUUGAAAUUACUAUUUUCAGUAUAGAGACUGUUUUCCACCUGUUUGCUCUUUCCCAUGUUACUAUGAAGAGGAAAAACCGAAAGAUGAUACCGAAGAAGACAAGAAAGAAGGAAAGAAGCCCAAAGAUGAUUCCCCCAGACCGCGGCCCCUACACAGGACCUGCUCCCUUUUCAUGAGGAGCAUAGCACCCUCCAUUUCCAAAGCCGAGAUAAUUGCUGUGAGUUGAGCCGAGUUGACAGCCCAGGAGAUGUGGAAUCACUGACGCUGUUUAUUGAAUCAUGUUUUAAUUAGAUUAUGCCAUCUGUUUUCCUUCUCAGCUUUGUCGGAGAUACCCUGGUUUUCUGCGUGUCUGCUUGUCAGACCCCCAUCCAGAGCGCAGGUAGGCUUAAAAAAAAGAAGAAAUAACAGUUCAUCACAGCUUUACUGAAACUGAUGCAGAGGAGUUUCUCUGUGGAGGUGGAUCGACACAGUAGUGCACACGAAAUAUCAGACCGUGGCAUGUAGAUUUCCCAGAUCAAACUCUUUUCCUCUGUCUGUCACCGCAACUUCAAACAGUGUGUUCAGGAACCACACAAGUACCGAGUCCUUCUCUGUACUUUGUCUGCAGUCACUUUUCAAGAUACAAAGCCCAUUUUUUCAUACUCACUGGCGAAAGAUAAGCAGCUUGUAUCUCCAGGCGUAGCUGUAAGUGGGUCAAGUUUCAGAGGCUUCAGAGUAACAGGGAAAGAGAAUUUUCUUGUAAGUUCACAAUUUAGGCUUGGACCAAACAUGCAGGAGUGUAAUAAAUCACUGUGAGAGAGAGAUCAGACAUCAGUGAGGAAAAAUACACUUUUUAUCAUGAAGUAUCAGUCUAAAAAUUUGUAAAAAUUGCGUGAGAUUGUUUCAUCUUUUGGCUUUUGUAGUCCUGAUGUGCUUUGAGUCACUAUGCUGUUAGAUCAGAUUUGGUGAGAGAAUCAAACCUAUUUACUUCCCUCGUACAGGUAUAGGAAAUAUUCAGAAUUUUGAUGCUGACACAGCCUUAAAUUGUAGAUAUCAAAAAAACAUUUGAAUGGUAUCAUUGAUAUUUCACUAAUGUGCCAAAGAGGUGAGCUUCUGAUUGAGGAAUAGGUCUUUUUUUUAACCACUGGAUGUCUUUUAGACUCAGAGUGAAACAAGCAAUUUUGUUAGGGCUGGUUACAAGAUGAUGGAUUUGACAAAUUGCACAUGCUGUAGACCCAUUUUAUCACUGUCUUUCUUAAAAUGAUCGCACAAUAUUCAUCGAACAAACCCUCUGCAGGUUCUUCAGACGGUGCUGGGUGACAUUUGAUCGCAGCGUCAACAUCAAAGAGGUGUGCUGGAACCUUCAGAAUAUCCGAGUAAGUGUCUCUGAUAUUUGUGCAGGAGAUUUUGAAUCAUCAGUAUCUGCAACGUGUCCAAAAGGUCAUGAAGUGUUUUUUGUUGUUGUUGUAAUUGUUCACAUUGAAAAGUAUGUGUAGCACUUUAGCAAUCAACAUUUUAUCAUCCUGAUAUUGGUGUCAAAUGUGAGAGAGGGAGUCAGAGCUGCAUUUAAAGCUCGUAAUGAAUGAAAAAAUAAUGCGUUAAGCUUAUCCAAACAUUUCAGACUCAGGGGAGCCGUAGAUGGUUAUUGCACCUGUCUUUAUCACUUGUAUAAGCUGCUAAGUAGCAGUAGAGGCCAUUAAAAAUCUGUUUUACUCUGUACCCUUCACAGCUGAGAGACUGUGAACUAGCACCAGGGGUGAACAGGGACCUGGCCAGGAGGGUGCGCAACGUUAAUGGCAUCACUCAGCACAAGCAGGUGCUCCGCAACGACAUCAAGCUGGCUGCCAAGCUCAUCCACGCCCUUGAUGAGAAAGGAGACCUCUGGAGCAACAAGUUCCAGGAGGAGGGGCAGAGCGCCGAGGUGCACAGCUGAUACGGCAAUUUUAGUCACGCCCUGUUAAAUUCACCGGCUGAUUGUUUUCAGUCAUUUUACAGCAAAACGUUUCACUCAUAGCUUUGUUUGUGUUUCCAUCAGUUACCAGCUCAGAACCCCAUCCUGAAGAAUAUCACCGAUUACCUGAUAGAGGAGGUGAGCGCUGAGGAGGAGGAGCUGCUGGGCUCAGGGAGCGGGAUGGAUCCUGAAGAGGGCGCUAAAGAGGGAAAUCCUGCUGAGACCACUGUGGAGAGGGAUGAGAAACUAGCUAAGGUUUCACUUUUCCACUUCUGAUUACAAACUUGAAUUUUCAUGGAACACCAUUCCUCAUCAAAAUAAUUCCUCGUAUAUGUAAUCUGCUUUUCUGUGCACCUUUGAUUUUGUCAAUUUGCAUCUCUGAAGUACAUGUCGUUGUAUGUUUUUCACUCUCUCGCUCUCUCUUUGAAGGUUUUGGAUCGAUUGAUCAUCUACCUGCGUGUUGUGCAUUCAAUCGACUACUACAACACCUGUGAAUACCCCAGUGAAGAUGAAAUGCCAAAUCGCUGCGGUAUGAUCCAUGUACGGGGACCAAUUCCUCCAAACCGCAUCACACAUGGAGAAGGUUAGUGUGUUUGCCUUUGCCGUGGAGGAGUGUAUUAGUACAAGUCAAAGCAAAUAAGCUUCCCUUGCUUUGAUGUUGACAUAUGUUGCUUCCUCUAAGCUCUUUAUGCUGGAGUUAAAAACGAUCUUUGUAAAGUAUUAUGAGGUGAAGUCUGCAGUUCUGUGUUGUUCAUACUGCAAUGAUUAAUGCUCAUAAUGAUAUUGAAACUGUAUAUUUCUACAUUUGUACUGUUUGAACUUAGACCUAUAUAUGUAUGAAUUUGAUUUCACAUUCCUGUGAUACUGACCUGGUUUCCUCUAAACAGUGCAACAAUGGCAGAAGAUGGUGGAGGAGAAGCUGUGUCCUUUGUUUGGUCUGAAAGAAAUUCUGUCUGAAGACGACGCAUUGAAGAUGGGCCGUAAAGAUCCAGAGGAGGAAGUAGAGAAGUUUGUUUCCGCUAACACUCAAGAGUUGGGAAAGGACAAAUGGCUCUGCCCACUAAGUGGCAAGAAAUUUAAAGUAGGUGUUUCCAUUUAGAGAUUAGGAAAUACACAAACCUCUACAGCCUUUUCAUUGACAUUACCUCUGAAAGUAAUUCACGUUUUGUUUUUCUUUCCAUUUAUUUUAAGGGUCCAGAGUUUGUACGCAAGCAUAUCCUGAACAAACACGGGGACAAAAUCGAAGAAGUGAAAAAAGAAGUGGCGUUCUUUAACAAUUUUCUGAUGGAUGCUAAGAGACCGGCGCUACCGGAGAUGAAACUUCCACCUCUACCAGGCCCAGGUCAGGAUUGACAUAACAGUCUCUCUCAGAGAAAGCAGAAAUCUUCAAAAAAAGAAGUUAUUUAGAAAGUGAACUCGUCUUCUUUGGUUCAACAGGUUUGCUUUCUCCCAGCUUGCCAUUUCCUCCUCAAGGUCCCCAGGGUCCAUUGGGCUUUGGGCAGCCUCGCCCACCAUUGAUGGGUUAUGGAGGUGUGUUUUCUUACUUUACUCCGUCACAUCUCUUCUAUAUUCAGGGGUUGUAGAUGUCAGUUCCCUCUGUUCAUUUCAUGGUGACAGUCGUUGAGGUUUUCAAGGUACUCAUCAGAAAACUUGUAAACGCACACAUUUAUUAUCACGGAAUAUUAGGCCAAAGAGUCUGACUUGAACACCCAAACACUCAACGAAAAACCUGCUUCAUAACGUAAGAUAUGAAGAUGUUCUUCAUAUCCUUGGAAAUGAAAAAGGUAGAGAAAUGCUAAACAAACACAAAACAUGAAUCCUCCUCAGUUCCCCAAAACCUUGAAUUUUCUUUUUGCAGCAUCUUAAAAAUUUACUUCAAUUUCAUCUUAAAGGCAGAAAUCCUAGUAUUCAAUUUUAUUUUGGAAAGCAUCUUUUUUCAGUACUUUUCUGCUUAAAAUCACUAAUGUAUAAUGAUUGCUGUUUUGUCAAUAUAAUACUGUUGUAUGCUGAAGGAAUUCUGAAGCUACUCGGCAGUAUGUAAAUAAAUAAAAAACAUUUAUAACUCGAUAAAAAUGAUACCUAGUGUAUCAGCUACUACAAUAAAGAUAAACGAAAUAAUAAAAAAAAUAGAGUACUUAUUCCACUUUUGCUGUGCUCCUGGAUUCAAAAAUGAGGUCUACUCUUCUAAAAUAAUUUUAUCCUGAAGUGCUCAAAAACUCUGCAGCACGCUGUGAGACACUUUUGAUUCAGCUGUAGUUCUUUUUUUUUUUUUUUUUUCCUAUAAGAAGGUUCAAGUCCGAUUUCAGCAACUCUAGAUCUGGAGUUUUUCAAAAUAAAACAUAUUUGUUUUAUUUUGUCUCUAGAAAACAUGAAUUAGAACUACAAGGUCAUAUUGCAGAGAUCUCAUUGGUGGCUUAUUCUGUCGUGUCAAGGGUUUUAGUUUUCUUUGAUCCAUGUAUAUUGAUUUUCAGUUACUUUUUUAACAGGUGGUCCUCCUUACCCUCCGAACCAAUACGGAGGAGGAGGAGGAGGAGGAGGAGGGAGAGGCAAUUAUGAUAACUUCCGUGGACAAGGUGGCUACCUGGGAAAGCCACGCAACAUUAGGUGAGACCACUGUACGUCUCGUUCUUAAUUUCUCUAUUUUCUGCUCUCAAAGAAUUUUGAUCUUCUGUUUUUGUAAUCAUUUUCAUUCUUUUUUCCUUGGGUCUUUUUUCCUCUCCUCGUGCCUUUAACAUCUAAGAAUGUCUCGAGGUGACCCGCGAAAUAUCAUUGAAUAUCGGGACCUGGAUGCACCCGACGACAUGGACUUCUUUUAA